UAAACCUACAGAUGAUCAAUGGCUAAAUUCUGUUGCAUCACUUAUACCAUUUGCAACAAUCGAAGAAGAUCUAGAAGAAUACUAUAAUUACCCUGGAGAAUCUUAUUUUACAUACGAAUCAGAAGAAGAUAAUUCGGAUACAGAAAUGACAAUAUUUAACGCUAACUCAAAUUCAAGAAUAUUAGAACGUGGUACUACAUAUUUAUUAUUUUCUGAAUCUGAAAUAGAAUCACAAUCAAGAUCAACCGUUUUCACACCUUUUAAACCACCAUUCAAGAAAGCAAAGAUUUCAAGUUCUAAACACCAGCAAUCUAAUUUACAACAAAAUCAAUUUUAUAACACUCAGGAAAAUCAAUUAUACAACAUCCAAGAAAAUCGAUCAUAUAACAUCCAAGAAAAUCGAUCAGAUAACGCUCAAGAAAAUCAUUCAUAUUACGCUCAAGAAAAUCAAUCAUAUAACGCUCAAGAAAAUUAA